AUGGCUUAUAAAGAUAUCGUUCCUAUUGGUAAUGGUUUAAUCAUUGGUGCCACUUCCUUUGCUUUAGGGGUAAUUUAUGCUAAUUUCCCUUAUGAUUUACAAACUUUAUGGUUAGCUCAUACUAGUGGAGAUAUCUUUGAAAAUUCAUUGAAUCAUUAUAAAACUUGGGGUUCUGCUCCAGUUUAUGUUCAUUAUAUCUUUCAUUUUGUUUUAGGUUUAGGAUUUCUUGGAUGUUUCAUCAAAUUAUAUAAACCAAAUGAAGAAGCUAAAUAUUUUGAAUAUGGUACUUUAGCUUUAUAUAUGGUUGCUGUUGUGGUUUAUUUAACCAAUUUAAGAGUUGGUGUUGCUUCUGCUGUGGCUGGUCAAUGGGGUGAUGUUGAUUCAGGUACUGGUAUUAAUGUUAUUGCUGCUUCUCAAUUUUUAAUUGUUUUAGUAUUAAUUGGUGUAUUCAUUUUACAAGGUGGUCUUUAUUAUGCUGAAUGGUAUGAUAAUAAAUUAAAAGAAGAAUUCUUUAAAAAGGAAGCUGAAAUUGCUUCUAAAGCUGCUGUUGAUGCUGGAAAACAACAAGAAGAAGUGGUUGGAGAAUCAACUGGAGUUGAAACUGAAGCAAAAGAAACUGCUCCAACCAAGAAAACUAAAAGAAUCAUUAAAAAGAAAGUUUAA